CUUUGACUUCCCUCACAGGGAACCUGAGUGAGCAAGCUGCUCACAUGGCAUCUGCUCCUCGAUGGAUGCCACAUAUGUGUUCGAGUUGUCAUGAGACGUGUGUAGGUCCUACUACUGCUGCAGGAUCUACUUCAGUUCCAGAUGAGCAUGAUGCAGCAGAUGAUAGUAUGAUGACAUCUUAUAUGGAUUUUCUUUGCUCGGAUGUUCAUCUUGACCAGAUAAGGACUACGCCUAAUAUUAGAGUUAAUAUUGCAUCUACUGGAAGACAACUCGGCACACCUUAUGGGGAUUCAGGUCAUGAGGGACCCUCUACAUCACAUCAAGAAGAGGGUCUGACUAUUGUGACACCAUCUAUGGUGGACACUACCAUUAGGAUAGGUUAUCCUCAUAAUUUUGAUCAGAGCCAAUUUGAACGCACAUCGACAUCCUUUGAGGAGUUAGCUAGCACUGCAUUUGGUGUUGAUACUGCACAAGAUACUGCUAGAGGAGAUACUGCUACAGGAUCUGAUGAGCAUAUGCAUGAGACAGGUGGAUCUGGACCACGUCCCGAGGACAAGAGAGAUACUGCUAUAGGAUCUGAUGAGCAUAUGCAUGAGACAGGUGGAUCUGGACCACGUCCUGGGGACAAGAGAGAUACUGCUACAGGAUCUGAUGAGCAUAUGCAUGAGACAGGUGGAUCUGGACCACGUCCUGGGGACAAGAGACCACGAGAUGUUAUUGAUGAUAGCACUUAGAUUUUACUAUUUAUUUGGCUUUGAUAUGUACUUUUU